AGCGAGUCACCUGCUCCUGAAAAUCAAAUAAGAGCUUCGCAAUUCGAAGCAAGUUCUCUUCGAAAACAAAUAAUCUCUGCACGUAAAGAAUAAAAAAACAAUGAGUAGAGGAAGUGGAGGUGGAUACGAUCGCCACAUCACCAUCUUCUCCCCUGAAGGUCGACUCUUUCAAGUCGAAUAUGCGUUUAAGGCAGUGAAGGCGGCAGCCAUCACUUCAAUCGGAGUUCGAGGGAAGGAUUCUGUCUGUGUUGUCACGCAGAAGAAGGUUCCGGACAAGCUUUUGGAUCAGACUAGUGUCUCCCACCUUUUUCCUAUUACUAAGUACCUUGGAUUGCUGGCCACAGGCAUGACAGCUGAUGCAAGGACUUUAGUUCAACAAGCACGGAAUGAGGCAGCUGAGUUUCGUUUCAGAUAUGGAUAUGAAAUGCCUGUGGAUGUAUUGGCCAAAUGGAUUGCUGACAAAUCACAGGUUUACACACAGCAUGCUUACAUGAGACCCCUUGGAGUAGUUGCCAUGGUUUUGGGUAUUGACGAUGAGAGUGGACCUCAACUCUACAAGUGUGAUCCAGCUGGUCACUUUUAUGGGCACAAGGCUACCAGUGCUGGAUUGAAAGAACAAGAGGCUAUCAAUUUCUUGGAAAAGAAAAUGAAAAAUGACCCAGCUUUCUCUUAUGAGGAAACUGUGCAGACUGCUAUUUCUGCACUGCAAUCUGUUCUUCAAGAGGACUUCAAGGCUACUGAGAUUGAGGUUGGAGUUGUGAGAGCAGAUAGUCGAGUUUUUAGAGUGUUGUCAACUGAGGAGAUCGAUGAACAUUUGACUGCUAUUAGUGAACGUGACUGAUAUUUAUGGAGUGUUAAAGCUAGUAGACAGUGGAUUGUCCCUUGUAGUCAUCUGGAUACCCUUAGUAACUGACGAGGGGAUAAGAGGGAAGGAUUACUACAGUACUGCAAUCAUUUUGAACUUUAUUCACCUCUUGCUCCUUAAGUGUUAAAUUAUAAAUUGAUGCUUUGAUGGAUAUAAUUUCUGCAUUCUUUCCUUUA